AUGGCCACAAGGAAACCUCGAAUCAAAAAGCCUGCCCUGCUCUCUCGCACCCGCCCACCUGCGGCUAGAGCAAAACUUGCAACAUUAUCAUCAAAAGCCACCCGGAAUCUUAUUCGUACUCAUCAUAGGCUCCUCAAGCAGCGCACACAGGCCCAGCAGGCUGGGGAUGCCCUGCUAGUUGAUAAAAUUGAGUCUCAGAUUAGACAAAACGGCGGAUUGGAAAGCUACCAGCUCGCUAGCCGACUUGGCCAGUCACUGGAGCGUGGCGGUGAUUCAAGUAAAGUCUUGGUGGACUGGAUAACUCCGCAUUUACUUCACGAGCGUACAAGGCUCCGAGUGCUAGAAGUCGGUGCUCUCAGUACCAAGAACGCUUGCUCGAUGAAUCAAUAUAUGGAUGUUACUAGGAUCGAUCUCAGUUCUCAAGAACCAGGAAUUCUAAAGCAAGAUUUUAUGGAGCGGCCACUUCCCCGUGGUGAUACAGAUCGGUUUCACGUUAUCAGUCUUUCAUUGGUGCUCAAUUUUGUCCCCGAUGCUAUUGGUAGAGGUGAGAUGUUAAAGCGCUGUUCGGCUUUUCUCACCACUUCACCUCCGUCUGGUUCUUCCCUGCCCUUCACGGGUAUGAUGUUCCUGGUUCUGCCCUCUGCCUGCAUUAACAACUCGCGAUACCUCACGCAAGACAGACUGAACGAUAUAAUGAAUAGUAUGGGAUUCUCUCUAUCAGAGUCUAAGGAGACUUCGAAGUUGACAUUUCAGCUUUGGAAACAUGGCCAAAACUGCAAGCCUCGCCAAUUUAGGAAGGAGAUUUUGAAUCCGGGAAAAAAAAGGAAUAACUUUGCUAUUAUUGUCAAAUGA